AUGAUGAACUUUAUCAGAGAAGCUCUCAGUGAUGAGAACAAAGAGCAAAUAAUUUAAGGAGAAUAUGUGAAAGAGCAAUAAUUAAAGCAUGGAGCUAGAGCUUUUUCCUUUGUCACUGAAUACCAAAAGGAGAGAUUAACAAAAUAAGGAUAAAUAAAUGAAAGUGUCGUAUCACAAGGGUAUGAGAUAGAGGAAUUUUUAGCAGUAUUAGCCAAAGAGAAAGGUUUGGGACCAAAUGUAGAUUUUUUUUCUCUUGAUGAGAUUAAAGCUUUGGCCUAGAAAUUCAUUGCUAGUCAAAUGCCAAGUCAAGACGGCUUUGAAGAAAAUAAGGGAACUGAUGGCAGGAGAUAAUCAACCAUGUCAAGUUUCUUUGAAAAUAACAUGAACAAUAUGAGUAGGGGGUCUAUAUCAAAGAAGAUGAGCGUCAGAAGACCUACCAAUAAGAUAGAGGGCACGAUUCUCAACAGAAACAAAAAUAUCAUUACUAUGGUUUAAAAUUGCAACCAAGUCAUUCAAAACUCAAUGCUGCAGUACAUUUCAAACUCUUACAUCAAUCUGGAAAUCCUGACUCUGCCAUUCAAAUGGAAGGUAAAGAGAACUAACCAGGACUUUAAGGCACUAAGGGAUUACUUGUUAAGGAAAUAUCCCCAGACUAUUGUACCAGCACUUCCAAGAUUUAACCCAAAGAAAAAGCUAACUGGAAAGCAACUGAUUAAAAAAUGUAUAUAUUACAACAGAUUCCUAACCUGCGUCUUGAAAUCUCAAAUUCUCAGAUCUGCUGACUUCUUGGUCGAUUUCCUUAGAGAACCAAGUGUUGAUUAAUUUAUGCUUAAGGCUUUAGGCACUCAAUAGGAUGCUGGCCCUAGAAAGCUAGCAGAGUUCAAUACUCUUGGUGGUUAGAUUGAGAUCAAUGGCAGAAAGAGGGCAAAGGCAUUCUGUGAUAAUCUUGAUGCUUUCAAUGAUACUUAUUAAGAGAUCAAUAAUUAUAUCUCUAAGAAAGUAAAGACUAUUCAGGGUAAAUCCCAUGACUUAGCAGAUGAGUUCUACGCAGUGGGAGCUGAGAUACAAAGAUUUUCAAGUUUACUUAAGCCAAUUGAAAUCCCACAAGUGGUAUUGCUAUAUGAUAGACUAGCAAACAUCAUCUUGAGAAAUGGUGACUUCAUUUUAUCAUCAGGAGAAGUCUUAAACACUCAGUUAAAUGGCUGGUUCAAGUAUCAUCGUGAGGAAUCAACCUCAUUUAAAGAAGCUUAAUGUCUCAGAGAAGAAGCUAAAAAGGUCUAUGAUAUCAGAUACGAACAACUUAUGAAACAAAAGGCCAAACUAUUUAAGAAGCAAGAUGUGCUCGCCUGGAGAGUAGAUAGGGAGUUUUAAAUUGACGCUGAAAAAGUUAAAACUGAUCCCGCUCAAGCCUAUCAGUAUAUUCUCCCUGAUACUACAAAGGAAAUAGACUAGUUAAGAGAAGAAGCUGAAUACUUCACAAACUAAUGCUAUAAUGAGUUCAGGAGAGUCAUGAUGAUGGACUACGAUCUGGCUAGAGAUAACUUUGUUGAUAUGGGUGAAAUGAUGCUUAGAAUGAUUUAUCAGAUGAACAUUGGAUGGCAAGAGUUCUUAUCUUUCUAUACUAAUCUUAACGUGGUCAGAAAGCAGUUUGAUGAGAAAUUCCAGGAAGAUAAGGGUAUUGGGGAAGAGAUCGAUGAUCCAAACCAUUCUUCCAGUGACGAUGAGUACAAUCAGCCAUUAAAUGAGGCAUCACUUCCACCAAGAAAUUCCAACAGACUUACUCAUGCUUACAAAGAUCUCUUGGUGAACGAUGAAGAAAAAGCUGAGAGACUUCUAGGAGAUGACAAUCAAUUAAAUAAUACAGACCAUGCUCAGGAAUAGACCUAGUACAAUGAGGGCGGGUAAAAAAAUUAGAUUGAAUUUGAAGAUGAUGAGGAAAGAAAGAGUCUUGAAAACUUAUGA